AUGAGUUCCCUGGCUGGUGGUAUUUGAGCUGUGGGUCCUAAUCCUCACUGAGUGGGACUUGCCUGCUCCCUGCACCCACCCUCUUCUGUUCUCCUGCAUGGUGUGUCUGUGGUUCCCCAGAGGCUCCCGGACAGCAGUUCUGACAGUGAUGCUGAUGGUGCUGAGUCCUCCCCUGGCUUGGGCUGGGGACACCCCAACACUUUUCAUGGUGCAGAGUAAGUCCGAGUGUCAUUUCUCCAACGGGACGGAGCAGGUGCGGUUCCUGGACAGAUACAUCUACAACCGGGAGGAGCUGGUGCGCUUCGACAGCGACGUGGGGGAGUACCGGGCGGUGGCCGCGCUGGGGCGGCGGGCCGCGGAGCGCUGGAACCGCCGGAAGGACGCGCUGGGGCGGGCGCGGGCCGCGGUGGACACGUUCUGCAGGCAGAACUACGAGUUUUUUGAGAGCGGCACGGUGCGGCGGCGCGUGGAGCCCACAGUGACCGUGUAUCCUGCGAAGCCCCAGCCCCUGCAGCACCACAGCCUCCUGGUCUGCUCUGUGACGGGCUUCUAUCCAGGCCACAUUGAAGUCAGGUGGUUCCGGAACGGCCAGGAAGAGGAGGCUGGGGUGGUCUCCACAGGCCUGAUCCCUAAUGGAGACUGGACCUUCCAGACCAUGGUGAUGCUUGAAGUGGUUCCUCAGAGUGGGGAGGUCUACACCUGCCGAGUGGAGCACCCCAGCCGGACGCGCUCUGUCACAGUGGAAUGGAGGGCACAGAAUGAGUCUUCACAAGGCAAGAUGCUGUGUGGAAUCGGGGGCUUCGUUCUGGGUCUGCUCUUCCUUGGGGUGGGGCUGUUCGUCUACUUCAGGAACCAGGAAGGACACCUUGGACUUCAGCCAACAGGACUCCUGAGCUGAAGGGAAGAUGAUGACCCUCAGGCAAGAACUUUCUGUCCCAGCUUCUUCAAAGCAUCAAAAAGUUUCCAGCUUAGUUCUUAUUCUUCCACAAAGAUAAGACUUUCUCGGGAUCUGGUUUGCUCCUGGUUCAGUGACCCUGCAGCAAGUGUCCUUCUUGAUGGCUUCCUCAGCCUGCCCUUGACCUGGAAGCGCCAGCACUGAUUGCAGCGCCUUAUCUCCAUUCUCUCCCCAGCCUCUCUGUUUACCCUGGCUGCUUUCUGUGCAUCUGAGCUCACCUGCUGCCCACAUUGCUUUGUAUGUAUUUUCUCAAAUACACAGAGAGUGAAAUCAUCUACUUCAUACAGCUUCAAUGACAAGAAGGAGAAGGGAAAAGGGGAAGGGAGAAUUGCAUCACAAAACAAAAAUCAUUUUCACUUAUGUUCCUGAAUUUUGGUCACAUGUGAUCUGGAAGGUUUCUUUGCUUCAUUCCCUAUUUUUGCUUAGGUUUUCUGCAUUCUGUAUUUAGGCAUGUUUCCCUGGGCUAGCAGAAAGCUCUGACUGAAAGGCAGGCUUUGCAUCGUCAAAGACAAACACACAGGCCCCUUCACACCAUGGAAUACAGGAAAGAACAACCGCUAUAAGAAAUACAGGUAACUUGUCAGGAUGUGAUGCCUUCAAUCACAUUUUGGGGUCUCUUUUCCCCUGAUUUUUUUUUUUAAAGAAAAUAUCUAAACCUGAGUCCUUCAAGAACUUCCCUUUUGUUAAUUAAGGGUAGCCUUCAACACCUCAGUCUUUUUUCCCAUCUCUUGAAUCAGCAGCAUGCUGACUCUUUGUCUUGGGAUGUCGUCAGUGCUCUCAGAAGCUGUCAGCACAAAGCCACUGUAGUGGAAAAGAUGCAUUUCUGAGCCCCACCCCCAGGUGGUGUCACAAACUCCAUUACAGGAGAAUCCGGUGUGGAUCUUACUUUAGCAGAAAUCAGAGAAAAGGCUGAGAAAAAAAAAGCGAAUGUGUGACUACACUGAUCUAAAUAAUGAAGGACCCUGCUGCUGAGGGGUGGGAGAGAUGAGAAGCUCUCUAUACCCUGCUGUGGAAUAAUCUCCAAAAUAUAUUUGGAGCAAGGUACAGGAGAGUGUGUAUAGUAUACAACAUCUUGUUUAAUAAAAUAGAGGAGGAGAAUAGGAAUGUAUAGCUAUACCCACUCUAUUCUGUCCUCUUCUAUUCUACUGACCUGUAUAUGUGGAAAGGAUGGAAGGUUUGUAAAAAUGGUUGCUUAUAGGACAGUGAGAAAAGAGGUUGUAAGGAACAGAGUGAAAGCUUGACUUCUCUGAAUAUAUCUUAUUUAAUCAUCUUAAAUUGAGGAACAUUCAGAUAGUUUAUGUAAUAAAAAUUUAAUCCAAAAGAUUAAGAAGGCAAUACAUGAAAACUGAGAACGGGCAAUCAGAAUUGAAACAAACUUGACAAAACGUAUGUGAUGGAAAGCAAACUAGAGAAGCAAAUCAAAGAAAUCUUUGACCCUCAUAUGAAACAUUUGGCAACUAGUAAAUCAGUAUAUAAUUCUAAAUUCCAAAGGCUUCAGUAAUAUAAGUAAAUUAUUAUAUUAGAAGUAAUUUAUGCAAUAUAAAUUAUAAAGUAGUUGGAUGGGUUUCACAGAAAGGUGACUAAAUUGGCUAAGCAAAUGGAGGAUUCUGCUGUUUUGUUCCAUUUGAAGAGUCAGUUUCAAAUAGAAGGCAGUCCUGAGAGGUGAUUAAAAGUUUAUUCUGAAGUGUUUGUCAUUUGAACACAAUUCGUUCACUGUCAGAGACUAUUAUUCUACCUUUAAGCAUAUUCAGCUUAUUUUUUGAAUAUCUUAAUUGCAUCAUAUAUUAUUUGUGCUAAACAAGUCAUCGUGCUAUCGGAAUUGAAUAAGGUGAUAGUCAUGUCUGCAAUAUGCAUACAGUGGAGAUAAGUUUUGUUUGAUCCCAGAGUUACAACUUUACUCUUGCUUUAUCUUCUGAGAUGAAAUGAUUUCUCUCCUUUUAUUUGAAGCCUGGUGUGAUAUUAUAAGGGAGAAUUAAAAUGUAUGGUAGGAAUAGUUCAAUGAAGAUGUUUUCUCUCACUAGUAGCAGAAAAAAUCCAGUCAAUCUGACUUUAAUUUUUUACGUAUUAUUUUGCAUAGCAGAUGGACCCCAGGUAGGGCGUCUCCAGAGUUUGUCAGUUUAGCUGUCCAGUGGCGUCACCCGUGGCCCCAGGACCUUGUCUCAUCCCCUCCUCUUCUUAGCAUGUCAGCUUUCCUGAGGUGGGGGUAGGGCACCUGCAGCCGUUGGGACGUUGUAUUCUCACAACAACUUCCGAAGGCAGCAAAAGGGACCUAUUUCUUCUCAUGUGCUCUUUUCUCCCAGGCCCUAUUGAGAUAUAAUUCAUAUACAAAAACUACACUUAAUUAAUGUAUAAAAUUUGAAGAGUUUGAACAUAUGCAUAUGACUCAACCACAAUCAAGGAAAUAAACAUAUCCAUCACCUCCAAAUGUUUCCCUGUGUUCCCCUGCCUUUAUUGUGGUAAGAAUAUUUUACAUAAGAUUCUACCAUCUUAAGAAAUUUUUAACUAUACAAAAUGCAACUUAAUUUUUUCCAGCGUGUGAUAUUGUGGUUUAUAAAAUGAAAUAUAUAUUUGGUCUUUGUCCCCAUUCCUGGCACAGAGCUCCUAAAACCCUUGGAAUUUCAUAACUAAGGAGAAAACAAAGAUGUCUCAUUAUAUUAAUGAGGUGACACUUGGACCCCACUUAAGGGUGGGGGCUGGUUUUCAGGAGACCGAAACAUGUGAUCAGAGGGUUGGAACUUUCAGACCCACCCCCUUGACUUCUGGGAGAGAGUGCUUGGAGGUUGAAAGGCCAAUCAGUUAAUCAGUCAUAACUAUAGCUACUUCAGUUUGGAAACAAAUAUAACAUAAAAUGGGAUAAUUUCAAACAACAGAAGCACAAAAAAGGAAGAGAAAAAGUACAGAAGCCAUAUAGGAAAAUGAAGAUAAGAUGCUAUCAGCAGGAGAAAAAGACUAUUUUACCUAUGAGACGUUUUAUACCCACCUCCUGGUAACUACAAAACAAACCUAGAGCAGAGACAUGAAGAAUUAAAAAAGGGGAAACUGAGGAAAACAUCCUAUAAAACCACCAAACUAAAAUGGCAGACAGAAACACAAGGAAAACAAAAACAUGGGAGAUACAAAAAAAAAAAAAAAGAAAACAAAAGACAGAAUGGCUGGACUAUGUC